AUGGGUUCCUCCUUCAGCUGUUGUGAUUCUGAGAAGGUUGAUGAAGGGGUUCUAUCAAGCGAUGGUCGUUCUCCAUGGCGAAUCUUUACUUUCAAGGAGUUGCAUUCAGCCACUAAUGGUUUUAGUGAAGAUAACAAGCUUGGAGAGGGAGGUUUUGGAAGUGUUUACUGGGGAAAAACUUCUGAUGGUCUUCAGAUAGCAGUGAAGCAAUUGAAAUCGAUGAAUUCAAAGGCUGAGAUGGAAUUCGCCGUAGAAGUUGAAGUUCUUGGAAGGGUACGACACAAGAAUCUGUUAGGACUGAGGGGUUAUUGCGCUUCGGCUGAACAACGACUUAUAGUAUACGAUUACAUGCCUAAUCUCAGUUUGUUAUCUCACCUCCAUGGCCAAUUUGCUGCUGAAGUCCAACUUGAUUGGAAAAAAAGAACAAAAGUUGCCAUAGGCUCCGCGGAGGGACUACUGUACUUGCACCAUGAAGUAACACCCCACAUAAUCCACAGAGACAUAAAGGCAAGUAAUGUACUCCUAGACUCAAACUUCGAACCACUCGUAGCCGAUUUUGGGUUCGCCAAGCUAAUCCCAGAUGGUGUUAGUCACAUGACCACCAGGGUCAAGGGCACCUUAGGAUACCUAGCCCCUGAAUACGCCAUGUGGGGAAAGGUCUCAGAAAGCUGCGAUGUUUACAGCUUUGGCAUUCUCCUCCUCGAACUUGUAACAGGAAGAAAACCCAUCGAGAAACUCCCCGGAGGAGUCAAACGAACCAUAACCGAAUGGGCUGAACCCUACAUUGAAAAAGGCCGGUUUCGUGACCUGGCUGACCCAAAACUGAGAGGCAAUUUCGAUGAGGAGCAACUGAAGCAGUUCAUAAAUGCUGCUGCCCUCUGUGUGCAAAGUGAGCCUGAUAGGAGGCCUAAUAUGAAAGAAGUUGUGGGGCUGCUUAAAGGGAACGAACCUAAAGGGAAAGUAAUGCAGUUGAGGUUGAAGAGUGUCAAGUAUGGUGACGAUCUUGUGGCUAUGGAUCAAGCCAGUGAUGAUGAUGACGAUGAUGGUGAUUAUGAUGGGGACGGAAGGGGUGGUGGGUAUGACGAAAGUGAUGCUUAUGGGGUGUUUGGUGCCAUGAGUAACGUGCAGAGGAUGCAUGAUCCGUACAAGAGGUAUGCAGACAGAAUGGGAAAGAAAGGUUGAUAUGAAGAUUUUGUUUAAUUAAUUCAAAGAAGUCCAAAGUUUCAUUUCUUUGAUGCUUUGCCAGGAACUUCAAAGA